AUGUGUUACAUUAAGGUGGUGUGUGAGCGGGAUGGAGGCCAGAGGAUUCUGGUCCUGCACUUCACCAGUUCAAACGCUGGAGAGGUCACUCAGGGCUUCGCUAUGGGCUUCCAGUGUGGAGCCACCCUCACUCACCUGACAGAGACCGUAGUGAUCCACCCCACCUGUGCCGAGGAGCUAACCAAAGUGAACGUCAGCAAGCGCUCAGGGCUGGACGCCACGGUUACCGGCUGCUGAAGUUAAGCACCCCCUUCUCUCAACACACUUGAGCACACGGGAAGGAACCUCUUCAUAGAGACAGGGAAAAAGUGACAGUGCUCUCCUAAAUUCUACAUAACUGUCCAUGUAAUCCUAUAGCUGGUCUCUCGAUCAGCCUAAAAUGUCUCUCAGUUCUACGGCAUUUCAGGGACAAUAUUCAUAGUCUCAGACAGAGUAGGACUGCUGAUCUAGGAUUAGUUUUUCCUUCUAGGUACAAUUGAAUAAGAUUAUAUGGACAGGGGGGGACCUGAUUCAAGAGCAGCACUCCUACUAUGAGAGUCUUUAUGAAUACUAAGGCCCAGUUUCUCGUGCCUGAUUGUGUCGUAUCAUUGCAGGGUCCUCCAGGUCAUGGCUGUAAUGCUAUAUGCAGGGAAAGCCAGAUUUGUGUCAGGUUUGACUUGUGGCCUCAUUAACCAGGCAAUGGUUAUCCAAUUUAGCCCCAUAAUGUAAGUACUCUCCUCUACUCCCUCUCUGAAAGCCAUAAGGAGUUCUAGAUCCAGGUUAGUGAAACGUCCAGCCACAAGCAUCGUCCUUUAAAUAAACAGGCUCAUAAAUCAGGAUUAGGGCCCAUUCCAGUUUGUUGAAACAGGACUGUAUAAGAGAGAGAGAGAACGCUGUGCAACUAAUGUUUCUGAAAUAUAUUCUGCAAAUAUUGUUGUUUCUCCGCCUGUGCUUCCUGUCCAUUAGUCUUGAGUGAUACAUGCGUUGCCUGGGCGACACUGAUUGAUGUUCUCAUGGCCAUCGCCGCUGUGACACCACCCCAUUUCCCAUGGACACACACAAACAGUCGGCAGGCCGACUGUCAGUCAGAGAGGUAUUGCGCUGGGCCCAGCCGGGGCCUGGCCAGUGCUGCUGCCCCUCUCCAGCACUCUGCCCCUCUCCCCUCCCCUCACCCCACUCAACUCCAAUGCACAAAGGAAUACGGUGGGACUGCAAUAACAGCCUCUGUCAGUCUGUGUGUGGGGAUACCUUGGCCAGCAGUCUCUGGCAACCCAUCCCUCCCUCUAUGGGAGUGAUGGAGACUGAGGGAACUGCCUGGGCCAGGCCACAGUAGUGGAGGUACCUAACACUACCUAAUGGUGGCGGUAUUGCCCUUUUUUCUUCCUUGCCGGUCAAGAAAUGAUAGGUUAGUGAAGUCUGUGUAUGAAGAAUAAGCCCUCAUGCAUUCAAGGUCCACAUUUUAAUCCUCUAAUCCAUAUUUAAGAUAACUGUAAUUGAAUAAAUGUGGAGGCCGUGGAGACUCUUGUACUGCCAACUGAUAACACUGUGUAUUUACACAGUUCAGCUCAGAGUCAUCACCCUACCCUCUGAGAAGGCCAUUUUGUUUAUUUCUCUUAAAUGACAUUAUACUGUUUUUUUUAAUAGUCACAUACAUUCUGACGUACUAUUCAAGUCUUCAAACAAUGUCAAGUACGUCUUUUUACAUGAGUCCACUCUUCAACCAAUCACCCUUUCCUUAAAGCUUUAAGCACCAGCUGUCAGAGUAGCUCACAGAUCACUGCACCUGUACAUAGAUGGGCUGUUUACAGAUGGGCUAUCUACCUACCUCAUCCCCAUACUGUAUUUACUUAUUUAUUUAUCUUGCUCCUUUGCACCCCAGUAUCUCUACUUGCACAUUCAUUUUCUGCACAUCUACCAUUCCAGUGUUUAAUUGCUAUAUUGUAAUUACUUCGCCACCAUUUAUUGCCUUAACUCCCUUAUCUUACCUCAUUUGCACUCACUGUAUAUCGACUUUUUGUUUUCUUUGUUCUACUGUAUUAUUGACUGUAUGUUUUGUUUAUUCCAUGUGUAACUCUGUUUUGUUGUAUUGUGUCUAAGUACUAUGCUUUAUCUUGACCAGGUCGCAGUUGCAAAUGAGAACUUGUUCUCAACUAGCCUACCUGGUUAAAUAAAGGUGAAAUAAAUAAAUAACCACUGGAAGCAUAGAACUAUGCAGUGCUGGACAAGUCAUGCAGUUGAAUUGA